AUGCUAACCAUUACACUUCGCUCUACCAAGUCGCUGCAGCGCAUCACUUGCAAUUCCUUUCGGACUUUUGCUGCUACAAACUCCUUUAAUCUUGACACUUACGAGACAAAAUAUUUGGCCAAAACGUACAAUUCUGAUGGUGUACGUGGCGAAACUGGUCUCGUAUUUACACACGGCAAAGGCAGCAAAUUACAUGACGAACAAGGUCGUGAAUUUCUGGACUUUUACGCUGGCAUUGCUGUCUCUGGAUUAGGUCAUGGGGAUGACGAUUGGUAUCAAAGUCUUGUUGAAAAUGGGAAAAAAGUGACACAUGUGAGCAAUUUGUUCCAUACUCAAGCGCCACUUGAAUUAUUGUCGAUAAUUCAUGUUUUGAUAAAGUAUUUUUUGCAAAUUCGGGAAAUGAAGGUGCUUACAAAUUCGCACGUUUGUAUGCAAAUCGUGUCGCGGAUUGAACACCUUAUGAAGGACAAAAGUAUGAAUUUAUUUCAUUUAAACAUGGUUUUCAUGGUCGUACAGCUGCAGCGUUAA